AUAAUCAUCAUCAUCAUCAUCAGCAGAAGCGGCAGCAGCAGCAAGUCAGGGCAUUGACAAUGGACUCAAGAUGGGGCAAUGAAUAAAACGAAGCUAAAGGGGGAGUUGGCUGACAAUCCUCGAACCAAGUGCUACGCAUCACGAGCCGGUUACUCGACGUACUUCAAUUUUUUGGUCAAGUCGAGUGUGUCCCAAAGAGUUGUUGGCCAACGAGAUUUGCAUUUUGAUGAAUUGCAGGCGAGAAGCCGAAAGAUGUUUUGGCCUGACAUGGAGCUACUACUACUCGGUACUCUACCUCUUGUCGGACAUGAUGUGACUAUGAGCGGAGAGACCCGAGAGUUUGCCCAGACUGUUUCCAUGCCGAGCCAUGCCAUGCCAUGAAUCUCCAUCGUGUCCAGUUCGUCGUCGUCGACGAGAUCGCGAUAAGAAUUACCGCUCGCUCCAUGCUCCAUGCGAAGCGGGCGAGAUGAAAAGCUUUUUUAGCUUUUGCCCCUGGCCAAAACGAAAUAUUGGCUAAACGCUGAUGCCGUCUACAAGUAUGUGUAAUUGUAAGUGAUUCCUUUACAUGGCCAACAACAACAACAUCGACAGCAACAAGAAAAACAAACAUUGUUCACAAUGGAGCGCCGCCUGCUCAUGGCCAGCAAUACCAAUAGCGAAAAAUUGUGAACGACACGACGAGAGACGCGAACUUGACACUCGCAAAACGGAUUCGUGGCUGUGUGUACUAUAAGUACUAUAGUGUUAUAUCUUGAUCCCCACAUCUAAUCUAAAUUCAUAAGUCGACCUGAGCAACAAUGGCAGCAUUCACCGCGUGAAACGUGUGAGUGCGUGAGUGAUUGCCGUUAUGUGGCUAGCCGAAGCUGAAGUCGAACGAACAGCGAACAACAUUAACGUGGGAUCAUAUCAAACUGACAUAUUCCCUAUCAUUGUGACCAUCUUGAUUUAUGCCCUUCAAAGUGGCGAGCUUGUCAUGCCAAUGGUUCUCUCUUCUCUCUUCGAAAAGGGAUCAUUAGUGCAGAUAGUUUAUCCGUCUCACCUAUCAA